AUGGAUGCAAACAGAUGGCCCAAUACACACAGGAUCACAUCAUACAUCCCUAUUCUGCCCCUUGUGUCUUUUGGGUCUCUUCUGUUUCAAUCAUCCCCGGUCAUCGAGAGGGAGACAAAGGCCAUACAACCAAGCCGGCCUUCCGCUCACUCUGCACGUCUAAGACAGUCUGACGAAAUCAACCUGAGGACACCAAUCGAUUGUCAACCACUGGAUCGGACACACACGCUCAACCUGUCAGCUAUUCUACGUCUCGAUAAUAAUAACCACACUCGCAAGCCACAGCAGACGACAGAGACAGACAAGUCUAAACAACAGCCAGACUUUGAGACUCACUCUCUAAAACCAAGGACGAAGGCGAGAAACCGGAAAAUUCAAAUGGUGUCCCAGACCCAGUCCCAGUGUUAUACCCCUUCCUCCUCGUCGUCUUCAUCGUCGUCUUCGUCGUCCUCGGGUUCUACGACAUCCGACACUCACACCACACUCAUCGGCGGCGGCGGACUCGUUCCAGGACUCGGUGGACUCGGCCUACCUCCACGACUCGGCAGCCGAUCGAGUUACAACAACACUAGCCGACCGUAUCCAGCUGUAUAUUAUUCAUCUCCCACUAGUUUGCCGUCUCUGGACUCUGAUAGACAACACCACCGUCACCACGGGCACGGCUACCAGCUUCCUUCACAUCCUCUUCACGACGGCCACUCGCGUGGACACCUGAGUAUGUCUGAUCAAGGAGGGCACGGAGGUAUGGAUGGGUCAGACUCCACCCCACAAAGAAAAAGGAUCGCUGUUGCUUGUGGAAGGUGUAGAAAGCGAAAGAUCAGAUGCAGUGGUGACCCGGGGCAAGGGCAGCCAUGCUCGAACUGCAAGAAUGCCAAUGCCGAGCCGUGUCAAUUUCUAAGGGUGAGCUUCACUACUUUUUUCAUCACUUUCAAGUUGUCUAACAAGCGCCAGGUUCAAUCAAGAGAAGCCCCUUUUAUCCGAAGUGAGCCGGUUGGCGAUAGUCCUUUUGGCUACAACGUUGGUGAUGCCAGAUUAUACCACGCUUCCCGCGCGCCCACGUAUCAUGCCUCUCCCAGUCCGCACGCAACAGCCUACGCUUCCGACCUUUUAUCCACCACUGGGCAUCAUAUGGGACAUGGCAGCACUACCGACAUUACAGGUAUCUCAUCGUACAGAGGCAGCACUCAUGGCGGCGGCUACUCAUACGUCCCGGUCAAACCAGCGUAUUACACGGCCGCAUACAGCUCCUCGCCACACGGCCUAACGUACGGGGUCCACUCUGAUGUGGACAACUUUGGGGGUUAUGGUUUGCCGGUCCCCACCGGAGAAGCCCAUCACGAUGCCCCCAGCGGCAUCCCGGUCAUGUCCAUGCCUGGGGCCCCAGCUUGGCCAUCUAGCAGGAGCAUGAAAUCUCCGAGCGGGUACGGCAGCAUGUAUCUGGAUCCAGAAGUAACCGCAUCCCCAACCACCUACACAACCCCCCCACCAUCGGCCUACUCAGCAGUCCGGGGCCACUCAGCCGCCGGGGACGGGCCAAAUUUCUCCUUCACAAACAUGUCAGCUUCGUUGCCGUCGUCUCAGUCGGAUCGUGUGCUUCCUGUUCCUUCUUCCACCGCCGCCACCACCACCACGACCAGUCACCGCUCCUCCACCUACCCACCUCUCUCAGGGGCCAACAAACCCCCAACGGCCACAGAUUCGAGCUACGACAGCUACGGCUCCUCUCGCACCGAGUCCAGCGGGCCAGAAAGUAUCUUUAGCGACUCGGAACGCGCUGCAGCCUUCUCGAACAGCCAGGGGCCAGCAGCCUUUGACAUGAGCCCGUACGGUACCAGCUCCGGGUCGACCGAUGCUUCUGGCCGAAGGGACUCUGCAUACGCCGCGGCGGGGGCUGGACACGAGACUGGCGGUGGGCAUGACGGGCCGUCGCUGCCUUCCCUGUCGUCUGCGUAUGAGAGGCAUCAUGCUGCUGUUGCCACCCGGCACUAGUCUCGGGCUUUGUGUAGAGUGAUGUUUGGUUGGUUGGAGGCGCCUACCUACCUGGUAAUCAAUCCCAGGUGGCAACACACACACAAGACGUGCGUGUGGGUCAAGGCCCAACUAUGGGGGUGGCUGGCUGGCUGAACAUGGAAAAUAGAACAGUGCGUUGAGGUGUGGAUGGACACUGGCCGAAGUCGACAACACCAACAAUUGUGCGAGUCGAGGUUGGGGGUUACACAGCUGAAGAGGAGGGCAGGUCUAUCUUGAGCGCCCUCCUACUCCACACCCACCCACCUAUCUACAUGGAACAGAGGGAGACAGCAGCACCAACAAACCUGACAACUCGAUGCGAAGCAGCCACCCGUCGUCGUUCUUGCUUUCCUUUUUUUUCUCUCUUCCCUCUCUAAUCAAAAAUGUCACGAUCUUGCUGUCAAAGCAACAGGCAAAGAUCCCAGUGAGCGAUUGAUUUUUUAGUUGUAUUUCUUUUCCCUCGUUUUUGCAUGGUUGUCUCUGUUUUCGUUUUUCACUUUUGAUUUUUGCUCCUUCUGGUCUAGGUAUCUCAAUGUUGACCUCUCAAAACCUUGAAAGAAAAAGCAUUGGCUCUCUUUUUUCCUUCUUUUUCUUUGGUUGUGUACCGCUAUCAACAUCAAAAGAUUCCCCCAAAGUCGCAAUUUACUGUCACAAGAAAUACAGAGAAGGAGAUAUGCAAGAGGAAAAGCCGGACAGGCUGGGACGGAGAGACAGACAGAGACAGUCUGUGAAGGAGAAACCAAAAUACAUGUACAUGUCUGAAAACCCAUCACUUCUCUCUUUUGUUUCUUUUCUCGUGUUGCCGCUGCCGCUGCUGCUGUUGUCGUUGUUAUUGUCACACGCUUUCGAGCUCGGUUGCAGAAGCGCGUGCUGCUUUGCUCUUUUGGUCAUUCAUCGCGGGCAUUUGGCGAGUGCGGAGGUUUUAAUCUAUCUUGUACUCCCUCAUCCCUCGACAGCUCGACCGAUGGCCAACCAAGGCUGGGUGGGGGCAGAGAGAAAUGGGCAUAGGUUCGGAACACGACAGCUCACCUACAUGGUUCCCAAUAGUGUCAUGUAUCUUUUCAACAGGGGUAGGGGAAUGGUGCAUUCUGUCCGCGGACCAUAUAGGUUGAAGAGUUUCUGAGGUUGUCGUGGGAGGUAGAGUGGAAGGGGGGAUACAAGGAGGUACAUGGCACAGACACAACGCACACAAUUCAAAGAGAGAAAAGAUGAAGUCUAAUCUAAUAGUCACUCACAACAAGUGAUAAGAACAGAAAAAUAAAUGAAGUCAACACCAUGCCUCGUCGUGUUGGCCUUGUGAGCUGGAAAACCCCACACACCAAGGCAUAUCAUUGAUGUUGAAUGUUGUGUUGUGGCUUGCGCUCCUUUCCAGUCCAGCACAUCACCAGCCUCAGGGACAGCUGUGGCGCAAUAUGCAUGGAAGAACCAACCUCUCCGAAACAUGCAGGGAAAAGCAAGACACAAAGAAUUCCAUCCCUUGCAUUGAACACACCACUUACUAAAGAAUAAAUAUCCUUUAAAUCACUGUUGUCAAAAAAGUUCCUUCCAUCUUUAUAUCCUGCCAUGAUGUUGCCCUUUACCGAAACCCAGUCCAAAAACCCAGAGACAGAGAAGAGCAAUGCCUCAAAGUUGACUCCCCGAUACCAGAAAAGAGUUCGAAACGGAUGGGUCGUGAUUCUUACAGUGACAAAGCAAAGAAAAAGAAAAGAAAUCCCAAAUAUGCUUCGACCUAGACUGCAUCUCAUCCCUCCUUCGCAUUACUCUGGUUCGAUGUUGGUGGCAUGUCAGGAGUGGAAGGCGUGGCGUCAGACCGACCAACCUUGUCCUGGAGCCCUACUGCAGGCACCCUCGUGAAAGGGGAAUUGAGUUUGGGUCGUCGCCCGCGUCGCCAUUUAAGCGUCGGGCGCGCUCCGUCUUCUCCUUCCACUCCGGAGUUCCCGCUCGGUAUCCAUGAGUCGGCUCUGGACCCACGUCCGAAACGCGCGAUCGCCUCUCACCGCCUCACAGUUGAGCAGCUCCGUCAGCACCCUCUUGAUGCCCUCGUUGACGUCACACAGUUUGGCCUCCUCCUGGGCGACUUCCCCCAGGCAGCCCGACGACCCAGAUCUCUUCAUCAUAAUGGUCGGGAUGGACGAGCUGCGGAACUGGUGACGCGAGGACGACACGGCCGGGGCGGGAAUGAUGCCGGUAGGCGAGAGUGAUGACGUAGUGGUGGAGGGCGAGGAGAAAAAGGAAGCCGACUGGGGCGAUCGAAGCUCAUCGAGGUGCUGACGGAGUGACUCGUGCUGCUCGUGCAGGAUAUAGUACUUUUGCAGCGCCAUGUCGCGGUCGUGGUGGUG